AUGAGCUCUGCGUCUCGCGCUUCUGCCCGUACAAAAGCGACUGCAAUCACGCGCUUCGUCGACGUACACGGUGCAAUUCGCUGUGGCCAACGCACGGACGACGGCUCGACCGCGCUCUUGGUCGAAGACGACGACCCCCUGGGCAGUUUGUACUUUACAGGGGCAACUGCGACGAUCGAGAAGGUGUUGGCGCCAGUGGUCCCGACUCAGAUCUUGGGCAUUGGCCUCAACUACCGCCAACACGCGCUCGAGACCAACAUGGCGAUACCCACGUCCCCUGUGCUCUUUACAAAGGGCGUCAAUGCACUGCAGCACCCGCACGAUGCUGUCGUGAUUCCCCGUGUCGCGUCGUCUCCGCCUGAAGUGGACUACGAGUGCGAACUGGCUGUCGUGCUGAAAGAAAGCUGCUGCAAUGUGACGAAAGAAGAAGCACUGACGUUUGUCGGUGGCUACACUUGUGCCAACGACAUUUCUGCGCGACGAUGGCAGGGCAAGAAAGGAGGCGGGCAGUGGUGCCGUGCCAAGACCUUUGACACGUUCUGUCCAUUGGGACCCGUGCUGAUAACCCCAGAGCGCAUUCGUGACCCCCAGACGCUGGACAUUGCGACGUACUUGAAUGGCGAGCAGGUGCAAAAGUCCAACACCAGUGACAUGAUCUUUUCAGUGGCCGAGAUCAUCAGCCUGCUGUCGCAGGACUGUACGCUGCCAAAAGGCACGCUCAUAUUGACGGGAACGCCAGAGGGCGUUGGUUUCGCUCGCGAUCCUCCAGUCUAUCUGGCACCUGGCGAUAUGGUCGAGGUCGAGAUUGAGCGCAUUGGCAAGCUCGUGAACCCCGUUGUUGGCGCCUCGGCGCUGUAG